GCGCGACAUCGGCUGCAGGAACCAGAAGCUUUACUGCUAGGGGGGAGGCCACGAGAUGGCUUUCUCUCUCUCUCUCUCUGUCUCUGCCUUACUCAGACCGUCCGCCAUGCAUACGACACACUGACGCUACCGACUUGACACAUGCAUCCUGACAAUACAGUGCUGACACCGACCGGGCCUACCAGGGCGGGCCUUGGCUUGGGCUCCCUUACUACAUAUAGCCUACCGACCUUAGCCUGCCAAACCGGGCAUGCUCGUGCCUCGCCCACCACCCCAUCCGGCCAUCCCGGCCAUCCUGGGAUGCCCGAGCGAACGCGGCGCGUACUGCGGCAUGGGGAAUUUGUCAUGUUGGCCCGGUUUUGGGUAGGGGGGAAUUGGACAGGUAGGGCGAGACCGACAGCCAGAGCGAGCGAGCGAGAGGGGGAAAACACACACGCAUCUGGCACGCCUCGGCCCUGGGAACCCCCAACUUUUUUUUUUUUUUUUUUACGACGGAGCCGCCUUGUCAAUGUCUCGCUGUAUGUGUAUCUCUCCGUUCCUCGUUCCCGGUCUUCUUCACCACACCAACAAGCAGCAGCCGCCAAGCCCUGCCCACAACACACACACACCCCCCUCCCCUUAAACCGCCCACCCACCCCCCUUCUCUCUCUCUCUCUUCCCCCCCCCCCAAUUCCGCCGACACCGCGCAUGCAGGCUCUCCCCGAUGCGGGCCCCCUCUGCAAAAGCCGUCAGCUGAUCGGCGAGGGCGCGCGCGGGCGCGGGAAACCGGGCAAGAAGAGGGGGCUAGGCAGGUAGGCAGAGAGGACGCAGGCAGCGCGCGACGGCGUCUCGCCGUCUCGGGGACGUUGGUUCUCUACGCACUGUUGGGGAAGAGAGGGGGGGGGG